AUGGAAUACUACGCUGGGAUAUUGUUCUUAACAACAAAUCGACCAAAAAAGAUCGACGAUGCAUUCCUCAGUCGAAUUACGGCGUCCAUCCGAUAUUACCCCCUGACCAAAGACGCACGCUAUAGUGUCUGGCAAAGAUUCUUCGACCUGCACGAAAAAUCCACAAAGCCAAAAUUAAAGAUCACCCCCAGAGCCAAGAAAGGACUUCGAGAGGAUGACACCACCCUCAACGGUCGUGAGAUACGAAACAUCUUCCAGACGGCCAUUAACCUUGCCAUGCUAGAGCGUCAAAACGCGAUAGACAACCAGGAGUGUGACGAAGAGUGUGGCCCACAAGUCACAUGGAUCGAUUGGGAUCAUUUCUCCAAAGCUCUGGAAAGACACAAGAGUUUCCUGGAAUACCUGACAGGCUUGAAUCGUAAUAUGAACGAACACAAGCGCAAUAUGGUACGGGAUAACUACUAG